CCACCCCGACAGGCGGCGCGAACUGUCGAACUUAGAAAAGCGCGAACGGCCGGCUUUCCGAGCGACAGCGCCGUGUGUCCGUCUCUAGGAGUGUUUAAUAAUGGACAGAGCCAUCAAACGGCCGCGAGAAGACGACUGUGUUCCCCCGGAGAGGCAGCUCAUCGACGCGGAGUACAAGCGCUGGGGCGUCGCGGAGACCGGCGCGUUUCUGCGCAGAGAGGGACUGCAGCAGUGGACGCAGACUUUCACAGAACAUGGCAUAACAGGGUCAGGGCUGCCGUACCUCACCGAAGCACUUCUGGAGAAGAUGGGCAUCUGGCCUCUGGGGUCGCGCCUGCAGGUCCUGCACUGUCUUCAGAAGCUCUGGCAGGUCUCGGAGGAGUCCAUGAAGGUGUUCAACGACCCCAUCCACGGCCACAUCGAGCUGCACCCGCUGCUGCUGCGCUUCAUAGACACGCCUCAGUUCCAGCGGCUGCGCCACAUCAAGCAGCUGGGAGGAACCUACCUGGUGUUCCCCGGGGCGUCCCACAACCGCUUCGAGCACUCCGUCGGGGUGGGCUAUCUGGCCGGAUGUCUGGUCCAGGCUCUCAAUGAAAGGCAGCCGGAGCUCCUCAUAACGAAGCGGGACGUGCUGUGUGUGCAGAUCGCAGGCCUGUGCCAUGACUUGGGUCACGGGCCGUUUUCUCACAUGUUUGAUGGCAUGUUCAUCCCUAAAGUUCGACCUGGUCAGAAAUGGAAGCACGAGAUGGCCUCGGUUCAGAUGUUUGAUCACCUGGUGAAGGUCAACGGUCUGGAGGAGGUCAUGGUGCACCACGGGCUGACUCUUCCUGACGACCUGAUAUUCAUUAAGGAGCAGAUCGCCGGGCCGCCGGACGACUGCGUCUUGGACCGAUCGUGGCCGUAUAAGGGCAGGCCGAUGGAGAAAUCGUUCCUGUACGAGAUCGUAGCAAACAAAAGAAACGGUAUCGACGUGGAUAAGUGGGACUACUUCGCAAGGGAUUGUUACCACCUCGGCAUUCAGAACAACUUCGACUACCAGCGCUUCCUCAAAUUUGCGCGAGUGUGUAAAGUGAGAGGAAAGAAACACAUCUGCACCAGAGACAAGGAAGUUGGCAAUCUCUAUGACAUGUUCCACACUCGUAACUGCCUCCAUCGCCGGGCGUAUCAGCACAAAGUGGGCAACAUCAUUGAGACCAUGAUAACGGAGGCUUUUGUGAAAGCUGAUCCUCAUAUUCAGAUCCAGGGCUCUUCCGGGAGGAUCUUCACCAUCUCUUCAGCGAUAGAAGACAUGGAGGCCUACACCAAACUCACAGAUCACGUGUUUGAGCAGAUUCUGUACUCGUCUGCGCCGGAGCUGUCUGAGGCACGAGCCAUCCUCCACAACAUCGUCUGCAGACGGCUGUACAAGUGUGUGGGGCAGACCACGCCAGAGAGUCACGUGGACGCCUCACCGGAGAAGCUGCUGGACUGGGCAGAGGAGGUCGCCUGUGCAAAACCCAGCGGCACAGACGCCAGCCUGAUAGCUGAGGACUUUGUAGUUAGUGUCAUUCACAUGGAUUAUGGAAUGAAGGAGAAAAACCCCAUCAACAAUGUCCACUUUUACUGCAAGAAAGAUCCCACCAAGGCCAUCAAGAUCCGCAAAAAACAGGUGUCCAAACUCCUGCCGGAGUGCUUUGCGGAGCAGCUGAUCAGGGUUUACUGUAAGAAGACUGAUGACAAGAGCCUUGAAGCUGCUAAGAAGUACUUUGUCCAGUGGUGCAUGAACAGGAACUUCACCAAACCCCAGGAUGGAGACAUCAUCGCCCCCGAGCUCACCCCACUCAAACGGGACUGGCACACGCUGGAGCGAGGCGACGAGGACAGUGAUGGCAGCGAUGAAGACCAUCGUCCCGGAACGAGAGAGGAAACGCCCAGAAAGACUGGGCAUAAUGUGAAAGUCAACCUCUUUCAAGCUCAGGAGGACCGCAGACUCUGAAGCACUGGCCCUCGGCUCUCAGGGAUCUCGCCACUCUAAACCUUUGAUCAGCCCUGCGCUUCUCUCUCUGAGAACAUUGGGAGAGGUCGUGUUUUUCAGCUUCAUUUAAACUGUGUUUGCCUCUGUUUGCUUUUAUUUUCAGCUUUAAUAUCAUGUUCAUAGCCAGGGUUUUAAUGCAACUCUCACCUCUGACACGGAGACACUUUAUUAUACAUCAAUCCAGAAUGAAUGUCUCUCUCCUCCAUCCAUCAUGUUUCGAUGCAGAGGGAAAACUUAAAUGCGUGUUUGCUUUUUUUAAUUUUUAUUUUUUAUUAUUAUUUAUUUCAAACUUUUUAUCAGGGACUCACUGUUACUUUUUUCCUUCUGUUAAUCGGCCCUCCACUCACUCGCAGUGUGUAGAAACUCAUGUUAUAAAGGGUCUCGAAGGUGAUGGCGUUUUAUAGAUCUAUAUCUGAGCACUAUAUAACUAUAUAUUUUUUUAGACUUCAGCCUCUUGGUAUAACAGUGAUUGCUGAUGGUGGCCUGAUUGUCUAGGAUCUUGUUUAGACGUUCUCAUCAGUACAGGCUUUUGCUGUGAACAGAAAUCUGUCUGACUGUUAUUCUGGGUUAUAUUUCAGUCUGUACUGAAGUGUUAAGUCACAGCACAAUCACAUCAAGUCUGUUCUACAGAAAAAGGUUCACUUGAGGACCAUGUUGCACGUCAUGCUUGGAGAUGUUGUGCUGAAACGAUGCAAACUCAAUCAAUAUCUCAAAAUCCAGAGCCUGCAAAUAAAAAUCCAGUCAUGCAAUUCUUUGUACUUUGUUUUAAUGUACAACUCCUGGCCUGAUAGUCAACAGAGUCGGACCCACUUUUAUGUACUUGACUUUAAAUGAAUGGUUUGAUACAAUUGAUGUUUUUACAUUUGCAUUUGUAUUUAAAAAUAAUCUAUAAUUACACUGAUUUGCAAAGUUUAAGUGGUGGCUCAUCACUUGUGCUGCUGUCGAGGUGAGGUUU